GCUAAGAGAAACAGGAAAGCGUUUUUAACAGCAAAAGAAAUAAUGACAUCUGAAAUGGUGUUUGUUGAUGUUCUUAAACUGCUCAAUGUGGAUUUUCGAGUGGCAAUGUCGAAAGCUACAGAACAAUCUGAUAAACCGGUUAUUUCAAACGAAGUGCUCAAUAAAAUCCUUGACUUUUUACCACAAUUACAAAAUUUUAACGAGGAUUUGCUACGGGACUUAAACGAAAGAAUUCAAAAGUGGGAAGAACACCAGAAAGUAGCUGAUAUAUUCGUAAAGAAGGGACCAUUUUUAAAGAUGUAUUCAAGUUAUAUCAAGAAUUUUAAGAAUUCAACAUCCAUUUUAGAUGAUAAUAUGAAAAAGAAUCCAGUUUUCGCUGCUGCUGUUAGACAAUUUGAGUCUAGUCCACGGUGUGCCAGUCUAGCUUUAAAACAUCACAUGUUAAAACCAAUUCAGAGAAUUCCACAAUAUAGACUCUUGUUACAAGAUUAUUUAAAACAUUUAAAAACAGAUUCUCCUGAUUAUCAGAAUACUAUUAAUGCAUUGAAGAUUGUUAGUAAAGUAGCCGACCAUGCUGAUCAAAGUACAAGACAAGGGGAUGAUGUACAGAAACUAAUGGAAAUUCAAAACGCUCUGAUUGGUCAGUUUGAGGUCAUACAACCAGGCCGGGAAUUGAUCAAAUGUGGUGAAUUAAUGAAAUUAUCUAGAAAAGAAUUACAACCAAGAAUGUUUUUUCUAUUUAAUGAUGUAUUGUUAUAUACAGUAUCAGUAGCUAGUGGUUAUAAACUCAACCAAAUUUUACCUGUCAGUGGAAUGAAGGUUAGCAAGCCGUUAGCAGAAGAUUUUAAAAAUGAGUUCAGUAUUUUAAGUGUACAGAGAUCUUUUACAGUGGCUGCCAGCACACCUGAAGAAAGAGAUGAUUGGUUAAAAACAUUAUCCAAUGUUAUCGAGGAGGCUGCCCAGAGAAAAAAUACUUUUCAAACAGUAAAAUUACAUGCUACUCCUCAGACCUCUCUAUUAGAUAAAGAUUUUAUUGUGGGUCAUAAAGCUCCAUUGAUGGUACCUGAUGCCAGGGUUACUAUGUGUAUGUUAUGUCUUGGUGAAUUUACUAUAACUUGGAGACGUCAUCAUUGUCGAGCUUGUGGCAGAGUUGUCUGUGGAAAUUGUUCUGAGAACAAGGCACCAUUACGAUAUUUAAAAUACAAGUCCGCUAGAGUUUGUUCUGAAUGUUAUGUUAAAAUAGAAUCAGAUUCAAAAUGUGAUGAGUCAGAUAUUACCAGCUCUACACCAGUCAGUUUAACCAAUCUAAAAGCCAGGUUUGAGAAGAUAAGAAAGAGUGCUCGAAGUAAUAAAGGUGUUCACGCGAAUGAUGAAGGAUCCGAUAUGAGUGGAUAUUUAAAAAGUUAUAAAAAUAAGAAAUGGAAGAAGAUGUGGUAUGUGGUAAAAGAUAAAGUAUUAUAUACAUAUCGAGCUAGUGAAGAUAUGGCUGCUGUAGAAAGUUUACCGUUAUUAGGAUAUGAGGUGGCUAGAGCUACUGCUGUAAGUUUCAGUUAA